UUCAAGUCAUCCAAUAAUAGUAUGCAUAACAACAACAAUAGUAAUCAUUAUAUACCGAUUCCGGACACCGGGACGGAACCGGACAACACCGGGCGCGAUAGGGUGACCACAUCGGACUCAAGUGAUACUAAUUCUCAGAGCACAUCGACACACUACUCAUCGGCCGACGGAACAGCGAUUGUGCCCAAUACUAUUGAUGAUGGUAACAAUUGUGAAGAGAAAAAGACCGUUGGUCACCGUACCCGUCGCAUACCGGCGCUGGGCAUUAUGAUGGCCUUCAUGUCUGUGCUGUGCUAUUCGCUGGGCUCAGCUGUGGUCAAUUUGAUGCCAGAAUUGCACUCGCUCGAAAUUCUGGGUAUAAGGGCGCUGUUUCAAUUCGUAGUAUUCGGUUUUGUCGUACUCGUCAAACAGUACCGUAUAAUACCGACAGAUGGCCAAACCAUCACGCUCGUAUUACGCUGCGUGUCGGGCACAAUCACACUGACCACGGUGUUUGUGGCCUAUCGGCUGAUGCCACUGGCGGACGCCUCUACCAUACAGUUCGCGUCGCCCGUAUUUGUGGCCAUAUUCGCCUAUUUCAUGCUCCGGGAGCGUAUCAAUUGCCUACAAGGAAUCGCCGGGUUGGUCACCCUAGUGGGCGUAGUGGUCAUAGCCCAACCCGAGUUUUUGUUCGGCACCGCCACCAGUCAGGUGUACGACCAGCGACUACUGGGCACAGCCCUGGCCGUUGUCAGCAGCGUGUCCGGCGCGUUCAGCAUGAUCACACUGCGCAAACUAAAAGCUACCCCCGUGCCCGUGAUUGUCACCUGGUACGGCAUGUUUGUCACUCUGGUAUGCCUGGCCAUCGUACUUGGGAUGGAUGUGCUAACCCUACCCGUCGGGUGGUAUACGUGGUCACUAUUACUAGCGGUAGGCCUGUGCGGUAUCGGCGACCAGUACUUUGUCACUAAAGCCUUGUGCUACGAGUCCGCUGGGCCCGUGUCGGUCACCCGUACGCUAACAGUGGUCAUGACAUUUAUAUGGGAAGCUGUUAUACUGGACAAAACCAUCGAGUGGUUAUCCAUGGUUGGGGCCGCCAUUAUUACCUCAUGUAUUUUGCUCAUAGCGUUGGAUAAGUGGCGACACGAGUCACCGGAUAGUUUCCGGAAACUUUCCUGUGGUAACUGGUGCUGCGCGUGCGCUGUUCAAGAUGAUUAUUACGAUAAGGUAGAGUCCAGUGGUGAGGCUAAACCGUUUGGUGACCGGUAUGCGAGUUAUUACGAUAGCGCCGACCACUAUCGCAAUCAUAAGCAACUUUAUUAUGAUCAAUUUUCGGUGGCCAUUGAUGGGUCACCCACCGGACCCCACGUGACCAAUAAAUAG